AAACAGUACGAAUACCACCUUCGACAUGACCGACAAGGACGGAAAUCGCACCAGGGUGUCCAUCGCUGAGUAGUUAAGAAGACGUACAACAUCACUCUCUCUGCUGCGCGGGCUCCAGUGGCCAACUAUGGCACGAAGGAUGACUCCAAGUGCAUUCCUGCUGAGUUAUGUACAGUUUUACCAGGCCAGCUCGCAAAGCACCUGCUGCUGGAACCUCAGACGAGCGAGAUGAUCCGGUUCGCAGCUCGUCGACCCCAUCAAACCGCUGAGUCUAUCACGGGGGACGACGGCCCCCAGGUCGCCAAGAUCAACCCUGUGGCUAAUGGCCUCAACGUCGCUCUCAGCGAAUUCGGCAUCGAGGUCGAUCCUCAACUUCUAACUGUACCCGGACGCAUCCUCCAAGCACCCGGCCUGCAGUACAGGACCAAGAGUACUAGGCCCAUUGGUGGUGCUUGGAGUCUUGAUCCUAGAUCGUUCGGAGACAGGCCAUUUCGCCUAGUGGCAAAGCCUCUCGCUUCCUGGAAUACGCUCGCCAUCAACUCUGGAAACCGUGAUACGAUCAUGGGAGGUCCCACAGCUGUCAAGCAGCAUCUGGAGCAGUUCAGGCUUGCGCUGCAGAGCUACGGGCUCAACCCAGAACCCGCGCAGCAACCGGCACUUAUCAAUGUGUCGUUCCAAGACCUCAACAACAAGGACUUUGUCAAGAUCAAGAAACAAGUCUUCGAUGCGCGUAAGAUCCAGUUCAAGGCCAAGCCGAACUUUCUGUCGUGCUCCUCCCAGCGAUAAUGCCACACUGUACGACGCGGUCAAGUAUGUUUGCGAUUACCAACUAGGCAUUCCCAACAGCUGCAAUAUCGGCCAG